AUGUACGUAAAUCCUACGCUCCCCGUUCCCAAAGUCCGAACGAAGCGCGUUAAGCAGGCGCGAGAUGAGGCCCGAAAGGAAAUCGAACAACACCGAGAGAACAUGGAGAAGAAGUACAGGGCUUUCGAGGCUGAGCACACCGAGGGCAACGCCGCCGCCGAGCAGGAGGCCCUGAAGGACGCCGAGAUCAAGAUUAAGGAGCUACAGAGCAGGGCGCUGAAGAAUAAAGAUAAGGUUAUUGGUGAUCUCCUUUCGGCCGUCUUUGACUGCGAGCCCACCCCGCCGCCUACCAUCUUGGGCUAA